AUGGCGUCCCAGACGCCAGCCGUUGUCAUGGACAACGGAACUGGUUUCUCAAAACUUGGAUUUGCCGGGAACGAUGCUCCUUCAUGGGUGUUCCCUACGGCGAUUGCGAUGAAAGGCCCUGGAGGUGGAGCGGCAGGGUCAGGCUCGGGGAGACCGGCUCCAGCCAACAAACCCUCGUAUCUCACCGGCGGUGCUGGACCAAGUUCGAAUCUGGCAGCAAAGCGCGGAACAGAAGACCUCGACUUCUUCAUUGGGGACGAGGCUCUCGCAGCCUCCUCCGGCCCUGGCUACAGUAUAAACUAUCCGAUCAGGCACGGUCAGAUAGAAAAUUGGGAUUAUAUGGAACGAUUCUGGUCGAAUUCCAUAUUCAAAUACUUACGAGUCGAGCCAGAGGACCACUACUUCUUGCUCACGGAACCGCCCUUGAACCCUCCUGAGAAUCGCGAGAACACUGCCGAAAUUAUGUUCGAGUCCUUCAACUGCGCCGGUCUCUACAUUGCGGUACAAGCCGUGCUAGCGUUGGCUGCAUCCUGGACAUCUUCCAAAGUGGUCGACAGAUCUCUGACCGGGACUGUCAUUGAUUCUGGUGAUGGUGUUACGCACGUUAUCCCAGUAGCGGAAGGUUACGUUAUUGGUUCAUCGAUAAAGAGCAUACCAAUUGCAGGCCGAGACAUCACAUAUUUCGUACAAAGCUUGUUGCGUGACCGAGGAGAACCUGAUAGCAGUCUCAAGACGGCGGAAAAGGUCAAGGAAGAAUACUGCUAUGUCUGUCCGGAUAUCGUCAAGGAGUUCGCGCGAUACGACAAGGAGCCCGAUCGUUUCCUCAAGCAUACAGUCACUUCUCCUAACGGUAGAUCUGUCACCAUCGACGUUGGCUACGAACGCUUCCUUGCCCCGGAGAUCUUUUUCAACCCCGAGAUCUAUUCUUCCGACUUCCUCACGCCACUACCUACUGUUGUUGACGGGGUUAUUCAAUCCUCUCCGAUUGAUGUUCGCCGAGGCUUAUACAAGAAUAUUGUUUUGUCCGGUGGUUCGACAUUGUACAAGGACUUUGGUCGUAGGCUACAGCGAGACAUUAGACAUUUGGUUGAUGCACGGAUUCGAGCAUCUGAAGUACGAAGUGGAGGCGCCAAAAGCGGUGGUCUAGAUGUACAGGUCGUCACCCACAAACGACAAAGGCACGGGCCGUGGUUUGGUGGAAGUCUUCUGGCCUCAACUCCCGAGUUCCGGAGCUACUGCCACACAAAAGCAGAGUAUGAUGAGGUUGGACCUAGCAUCGUCCGGAGAUUUGCCUUGCUUGGUGGGCCGGGAAGUUCAUAG